AUGAAAACAUAUUACGAGAAGAUUGAAGAAUCAACAGAGAAAGUUCAUCUCAAAGUAUUGAUAUUUGGGGGUAUUGAAUACAUUCGUUAUUUAUCAGCUGGCAUUGUAUUAGAAUGGAAAAGAGUUCAACAAGACAAAACUAAACAAACGAUUGUAUUACGAUCAAAAGAAGAUACCUUAUUACGAUUAACAAAACGAAUUGUCCCAUUACUCAUGCGGCACAAUUUCGAAAUCGAUGCUUGUGAUCUACUCAUUGAACUUGAGCAUAUACAUUUAAUGAAACAAUUUGUUAAUAAAGAUAGAUACCCAAGAAUAUGUCUGUAUUUAACUAGGUAUGUAUAAGACCCAGCUUUAAUUUUGACCAGAGACAAGCAUCAGUUUGUGGUUAGAACCUUGUAAGGACUUGAAACUUAUAAUAAUCGCUGUAGCAUUAUGUAUAACUGCUAAAAUUUAGAUGGAAAAGAAAGAUGCUUCAAAUAGACAAAAAGACACUUUCUCGUAUUUCAAGUAAAACUACAAAGUACUUUUUUUCUUACUUACAAAAGUACUUUCUCGAAGUACAAGUAAGUAUAAGUAUAAGUACACUUCGUGACUACUUGUACUUUUUACUUGAAAAAGCACGAAAAGUACAAGUACAAAAACUUUCGUCCUAGCUCUGCUUUCAAUCAUUGGCUACUGUUGGUCUCUGCUGUCAAUAAUACUCGGUGUAAAAAUGAAAUGUACUCUGAAAAAAGGUACUGGAAAUGUUCAGUUAGAUUAAAACCUACAUAUUCUUGUUCAGCUGGACGAGCUCUAUCCAACAUGUAUAAAUAUUGCAAAAAUAAAUUUUGCUUAAGUUUUGAAUUACGGGCAUCUUAGCAUCUACGUUAAAUUUCAUCUUUUUCUCCUUACAUCACGAUGACAUAACCAUAGAUAAUAAGACGCACGUAAUUCGAAGUUUCCACACGAUUUUAUUUUUGGCUUAUUCAUACAUCAUUCGAUAAAGAAUUUCAUCCUGAACGAGAAUAUCGCCCUUCUAGCCUUUCCAGUGCAGUUUUUGCGUCGAAAAAUUGAAAAUACGAGAAUGAUCUUAAAAUUCGAAAAAGCUUCCACUUUCGAAAAAAGUUGAAUACUUUUUUGCCUCUUUAUUUUGAAACUGUCAAACAGUCUUUUUCCAAUUCAGCGUUGAAAACUGAAUUAGAAAAUGCGUUUUUGAUGGGCUCCAUAUGUAAUGUCACUGCACGAAAAAUUCAACUUCAGGAUAUCUCCAAAGCGGAGACCCCGUCACAAAAGCUAUCUAAUUUUUUUCUGAUAAAGGUGGAACCUUCGUUCUUGCGCUUUUCGAUCGACCGUUAUUCAUGCUGUAAAAGUAUCAUCCGGUUCUUUUGAAAUUCCUCUCCAUUAUAUUCAGAGUCUGCGUCAAAAACUGAGUCGAACGAUAUAUGUUUUGGAAUUUUCAUUUUUUGGUGAAAAUUCGAAAAAAACAAAAGUGGUCGCAUAGGAUAAAAAGGAACGUCAGUCAACUCAGCUUCUGACGCUGACUCCGAAUAUGAUACUUCUAUUGCAUAAAAGGUGAGUUCUGGUGGAGAAAGUUGGAAAUUACGGGCAGAAUUCAGAUUUUUUCGCUCCUUAUUUAGCAACAGUGAAAUUUCUCAGCAAUGGAGAGGAAUUUCAAUAGAACCGAACGAUACUUUAAUAGUACGAAUAAAGGCCUUGUCUGGUAAAAGUGGAACCUUCAUUCUUGCGCUUUUCGAUCCGCCUUUAUUCGUACUAUAAAAGCA